AUGAAUGAAACUAUACGUAGUAUUGAUCAAUUGUCUACAUCUCUUUCUAUUGAUACUCUUAAAGAAAUAGUACGUAAUUGUAAACGUAAUGAACAAUGUAUACAAGAAUUAAUAUGUUAUACACGUGAUGAACGUAAAAAAGCUCAACAUAUUUUACGUGAAAUAUAUCAAACACUACAACAAGAUGAUAAACAAAUUUCAAUUUCUUCAAAUACUAUUAAUAAAAAAUUGAAACCACAAGAAUCAAUAAAAUAUUUUGUUUCUUUCGAUAAUAAAAAUACAACUAAAAUCAAUAAUCAUUAUUCUUAUAAACAAAAUAAUAAAAAAUUCAAUAAAACAAUAUUAAAAGAACAAGACAAGAAAUCUAUACUCAAUCAAUCAAUUUAUUCUAAUCAUUCUAUUGUUGGUAAUAAUAAUCAUCGAGUACGAUUUAAUAUUCCAGAAAAUAAGAAUGAUAUUCAAUCAAACAAUCAUAUUUCUUCCUAUCAACAAAAAAAAUCCACUAGUAUCAAUGAUAAAUUAUCGGAAUUAGCACGUCGAUGUGAAGAUCUUCUUUCAUGUUUACAUACUGAUCGUAAUCAUAUAACAGUACUUGAAAAUCCUACGAAUUAUUCAAAACAAACAUCACUUUGUCCUCAUCAUAAUCAAGCCAUAACUAUUCAACAAGCACAUGAACUUCUUCAUCCAGAAAUUAUUGCUUAUUCACGUCAACGUAUAAAUCUCUUACAUAAAGAAAAUAAGCAUAAUAUUGAAAAUGAUCAUAAAUGUCAACAAUUAAUUCCACUUUCUCAUUCUAAUCUAAUCUCUUAUCAGACUAGCCAACCGAAUUUGAUUCGAUUACCAGUGACAUAUAAAGACGAAAUGAAACAAACAUUAAUGAAAAAAUAUGAACAAUCUUCUGAAGUCAAUUAUCGAUUACGACCAAGUUUAAUCAAUGAAAUACAACAACGAAAUUUUCUUAGAGCUAAAAUUCUUCAAAUACGCCUUCGACAACAUGCCUUAUUACAUAGUCGAACAAAUACCAAUGAAUCAUUAAUGAUGAUUGACAUAUGA